UAAAUCCCCACACAAACAAAUUAUACUCGACUUCAAUCGGUCGUGUGCUUUUUUAAUUAAAUAAUAUUAAUUUUACUAUACGCCCUUUAUACACAGUGAUUUCUUUCUUCUAAACUUUUAUUACCCAGAGAACGCAGAGUGUCUUAACUAGUGCAGUGCAGUGCAGCAGCAGCAACAAUGAGGAGUAUCACGGUGGCGUUGUGCGUGGCGGUGGCGGCGCUGGCCUCCGUCGGCGCUGUCUCCUUCUUCGACCUGGUCAAGGAGGAGUGGAAUGCUUACAAGAUGGAGCACAGUAAGCAGUACAGCAGCGAGGUGGAGGACAAGUUCCGGAUGAAGAUCUACGCGGAGAACAAGCACCGCAUCGCGAAGCACAACCAGCGCUUCGAGCAGGGCCUGGUGACGUACAAACUGCGGCAGAACAAGUACGGGGACAUGCUGCACCAUGAGUUCGUACACACCAUGAACGGGUACAACAGGACUUCUAAGCACAACAAGCAGCUGUUCAGUAAGGGCCGCGACACACGCGGGGCAACUUUCAUCUCGCCGGCUCACGUGACCGUGCCUGAACAGGUCGACUGGCGGAAGAAGGGCGCCGUCACAGAGGUCAAGGACCAGGGCAAGUGCGGCUCCUGCUGGUCCUUCAGUACGACUGGCGCGCUAGAGGGUCAGCACUACCGUCAGACAGGUUACCUGGUGUCGCUAUCGGAACAGAACCUGAUCGACUGCUCCUCAGCGUACGGCAACAACGGCUGCAACGGCGGCCUCAUGGACAACGCCUUCAAGUACAUCAAGGACAACGGCGGCAUCGACACCGAGAAGACCUACCCCUAUGAGGCCAUCGAUGACAAGUGCCGGUACAACCCGAAGAACAACGGCGCGGAGGACGUCGGCUUCGUGGACGUGCCGCAGGGCGACGAGCAGAAGCUGAUGGAGGCGGUGGCCACCGUGGGCCCCGUCUCAGUCGCCAUCGACGCCUCCCAGGAGAGCUUCCAGUUCUACUCCACCGGCGUCUACUACGACGACAACUGCUCCUCGGAGAACCUCGACCAUGGGGUGCUGGUGGUGGGAUACGGCACAGACGAGACUGGCGGAGACUACUGGCUUGUGAAGAACUCAUGGGGCCGCACGUGGGGCGAGCUUGGCUACAUCAAGAUGGCGCGCAACCGCAACAACCACUGCGGCAUCGCCUCUUCCGCCUCCUACCCCCUCGUGUAAACUCCUACCCUUUAUAGUCUCUUUUUUAACACACUUUGUUUUUUUUCUCUCGCAGACUAAUUUGACAGGUGUAAACGUCAAAUUUUCAAAUAAUGUUGCCAGCUACAGCAGUAGUGCAGUACUACUAUUCUACUACUAUACUGUAUUCAUUUUUUUAUACCUGUUGGUGGUUCACGACUGCAUAAAUAUUAGUGUUUUGUCUCUACUAUUUAAUUAAAAAAAAGGCGUGAGAAAAUAGGACAAAACAGUUCAUUAGCUUUUUUUACAUGAUUUAUUAAUUAUGUAGCCCAUUUUUGAUUCGUCUCAGCAAAAGACAUAGCUAUGUGAUAGGAUAUUGUGGUAAUUUAACUAAAACAGGUAACGUUAGAAAAUUUGCCAACUCGAAUUUGAUUAACAAAUACAAUUUGAUAUUGUUAAUAAUUUAAGUUAUACGUGAACAUUAGUUAUAAGAUUUGUAUAUUUUUAUAUAUAUUAAAAUAAAACGAAUGUCUGUCUUUCACUAUCUACUAUCAUGUUACAUACAUGUUAUAUAUUUUACUAUACUUUCGUUUCAUAAUAUUCUGUUUAACUCAAUAACAGUAUUUAUCGCUUGGGUUAUAAAUACGAUAUUUGUUGACAUUCCUGUUAUUUCUGAUUACUUCCCGCCAUUUUGCGCAUACAUGUCGCUGUGUUCAUAUGUAAUAACAAUAUAACGGCUGGUUUAGUAAUAGCAAAAUUAGAAUAUAUAUAUGUUAGAUUAGAUUACAUUAUGAAUAUUAGAGCAUCACUUCGUAAUUGUUAUAUUUGCUGUCAGACAUUGAAUAUUUUCGCCACUAAAUAAUUCUCGUUCAGCGUCUGUGGUAGAUCUUUUUUAUACUAUGAUUGUAAUAAUUUAAUUUACUAUUUGCUUUUGUGAUCUGAAAAAGACAAAUGUAUAUUGUUUUGUAACUUUGCAACGUGUGAUAUGCUUAGAUAAUUAGUGUAUUGUAAGCUUAAGAAAAUAAAGAAUAUUUUUAUA